AUGGCUGAGGCCAACACAACGAGUAUGGAGGUCGUCGAGAUGGGGCCAGGAGGGGAGGUACGCUUCAACAACAAAACUGAGUUUGGACAAGUGAUAUUUCACAAUAUUGCACGUUAUUACCCUGCGGAUGCUCACAUCAGCGUCACAUUUGCCAUUACUUCUCAACUGACAGCCACCAAGCAUGAUUGGAUCGGCCUUUUCAAAGUGGGCUGGGUAAAGUCCUCUGAAAACAUAUGCUAUGAGUGGGUCGUCAUCCCUGCUGAUUAUAAAGAACAACAGGAGAUUGAAACAUGUGUACUUUUCCAAGCUCACAACCUGCCAAAAGAUGAUGGUGAGUUCUACCAGUAUUGCUACAUUGCCAAUGGCGGGCAAGUCCGCGGGGCCAGCACACCAUUCCAGUUCCGCAACCCCCGCGCUGACGACUUUGAGGAAGCGGAGGAUGAGGACAUUGACCUGAUUAUUAUUAACAAUAGGGCGCAGCACCUGGAGGAGAGGAUCGCCCAGGUUGAGAUGGAGAAACAGGAACUCUUGAAGAGCAAAGAGGCCCUUGAUGCUGACAGGGAGAGCCUUAUCGAGAAACUAGUGGAGUAUCAGAAGCAAGUGAAGGAGAAACAGGAAUCACUAGACAGCCAACAGAGGUCACUGUGUAAGGUCCAAGAGGAGCUUUCUUCAACACAAGCUGAAGCCAAGGACAUGGCAGCCAAGCAGGAGGAAAGGAUAGAGAAACUGAUGAAAGAGAAAGAGGAGUUGAGUAAAACUUUGGAAUCCAAGGAGGUAGAAAUAACUCGGCUGAUGGAAGAACUUCAGGAAGUGAACCGAGAGAAAGAUGAGUUGUGUGGUAAAGUUAAGACUCUGGAUGAGGAGAAGGAAUUAAACAUUUUCACCAACUCGGAGUCUGCCAUCAAGGCGCACACUCUGGAAAUAGAGAACCUGCAGAAGCAGAACACCAGCCACGAGGGUGACCUCACCCAGUGUAGAGCAGAGGUCUCAGAACUGAAGAUGGCGCUGGACAAGGAGAGGAGAGACAUGGCUCAGCUUAGACAGCUCAGAGACGCAGACCAGGAGCAGUCGGCCGCUUUGGCAGAGAAAUUGAAAAACACUGAGGACAAACUCCAGGCUGCCGCCGCCUGCAAACAGAUGCUGAGUGAAGAAACUGAGACACUGAAAGCUGCUUACAUGGAAAUGUCCAACAAUCUGGAGAAAGCCAAGUCUGAGUCCCACAGCUAUAAGGACAAGCUGGCCAGGGAGGAGAAGCGAUUCAAGGAAGAGCUGGAGACUUCAAGGAGGGAGGUGGAAGAAAGGGAGACUGCCUUGGAGAUGAUUAAGAAGGAGAAGGAAAAGGCUGACACCAAGGCUCAAGACCAAGAUGAACAGAUCCUGGCCCUGAAGGCCCGUCUCCAAUCUGAGGAGGUCCAGAUGCAGAACGAUGCCGCGGGAGCCGCGUUUGCUCUGCAGCCUGUCUUGAAUGACCUGAAGGACAGAUAUAAGAGAUACAAAAACAAAUAUGACCUGGCUCGGAUAGAGAAAGAGAACCUAACAAGACGCCAGGAGCAGUGGAAGCAGCAGGAGCAGGACCUGAGGAGAGAGGUGGACGACCUGAAGGCCAGGCUUAAGAUGGGGGCAGACGAAUACAAGGCACUCCACAUCCAGUACCAGAAAGCAACCAAGAAACUCGCUGCAAAAGAACCAAAAGUGGAGAAGAAGGCACCACUGGUGGAAGAGGUGCUGACGGAGGUCGCACAACAAUUGAAAGCCACAGAGCUGGAUGCUGCCUCACCAUCAGCAGCAGCAGCAGCAGAGACCAGAGCAGACCAAGGUGGGGACUUUGAAGUGGUCACCAGUAUACCAACCAGUAGCUUGUCCAUUGAAGAACUGCAGGCUCAGUUUGAAGAUUUGGGACAAGAAUUGGAAAAGAGGACCAUGAAAAAAAAGAUGUACAAACAGAAAUUCUUGGAUGAGAGAGAGAAAAAUGACUUCCUGCGUAAGCACUAUGAGGAGGAGCUUCAAAAGAAAACGGCACUGAUUUCUGAUUUGAACGGCAAAAUUGAAGCCCUGGAAAAAGAUAGCGCUGGAAAUGAAAAGAAGUUGGCGGAAGUGUGCAAUAAACAAAAACUGGAAAUAACUCGUCUAAGUGGGUUGCUGGCUGCAGAAAGGGGCAACAAGACCGCCAGUUACGCUUUGCCACCAGAUGGCUUGCCCAGCCCAGCAACGCCACCUGUGAUAAUGGAGUACGGAAACCCCUACGCACCCGUUCUCCCUCCAGCCCUUUCGCCAGAGAUAAGGCACCCUGCCAUGGGCAAUCCUUUAUUAGCUGCAGAGAGCACCCUUUUGGACCCGCCCAUGAAACCGGAAAUUCUGCCCUCGGCCAAGAUGGCUGCCGUCAUGGCCGUUCACAAAAAAGAGAGUAGCAGUGAAAAUUCCUCAUCAAGUUCCACAACAGAUGGCGACGACUUUCCUACAGAACAGGACCUGGUGGCGCCCCCUGCUGAGGAGCCCAGCAAGAAGGAUCAAACGGCAGAGGAGGCUGACACACCAGACGGAGAGGAAGAAAAGUUUGAAGAUGCAGUUGGAAUGCCAUUGCCACAGUGCCCCAUGUGCAACAAGCAGUUCCAGGGAGAUGACGCCGAGGUGAAAAUAUCUGAACACAUCGACAGGGAACAUACAGGCCCAGAAUGCCCCAUGUGCCACAAAAGCUUCAGUGUCGGGACAGCCCAGACCGAAUUUGAGAGGCAUGUACAGUCUCAUUUUGACGAACAAGAGUAUGAGUUUGCAUAACUCUUCUUUCUAGGGCAACUAGAUCUUAUCACUUGUCUUUCCAUAAUGGAUUUGGAUUUCUGUCCAUUUAGGAAUAUCUAACACAAACUUCAGUGCUGAUUCUAUUGUUAAAUUCCUUUUUUUCUUCAUUUGUUUGGACUUACAUCAUUUUGUUUUGUAUAUAUGGUGUUAAAAAGUAUGAAUGUUGUUGAUUUAUAUUAUUUUGUUGAUUCACAGUUACCUUCAUUUUCUAAGAGAUGAUGUCAUGAUGAUAUACUGUUCUGUGAAAAAUUGAUAUUUUUGGUUUAAUUGACUUGUUAUUACUGUUAUAUUUGUAUAUGUGUCAACUUGUUUCAUAUUGAUUUGCAGCAUAUUUUAAAUAUUUUAGAUGUAAUUCAUGCUUUUGUGCGUAGACAUGUGGGUUGCUGAUGCAGGCUUUGAUUGUUGUCUUUGUUAUACAGGGAUGAGAUUUUUCCGGCAGAUUUCCAACUUUUUGGGAGCCAAAAUUAUCAUUGGCCCAGGCAGCCCCCUGGAGCCAAUGCUAUUUUCCCGACUUUUCACCAAGUGCAAUUUUCAUCCCUGGUUAUAGGUUUUGGGUUGAAAUUUUCUACUUGUAUAUCAAACAUCAGAUUGGAUUGUAACCCAGAUGUAGUGAAUUCUACAAAUGUCAAACAUCAUUAAUUCCAGUAAUUCAUUUUUUAGGAUGUAUCACUUUUAAUUACUCACAAGAAAGAAACUUUUGACAUGAAUGUUACCUUUUCAGAAAUUUCCAAACUAUCUUUUUCUUGUUACUUACUAACAUUUUUUAGGAAAAAGAAGAAUAUGAUAAGUGAUUGAAGAUAAUUUUGAUUGAAGACAGUGAGCAAAUAAUAAUGAAAGUAUAUUUUCAUUCUAACUUCUUUAAUAAUAAGUUAUUUCACCUAUCCAAAUGUAUUAUAUUCAAGAUAUAUAAGUAUGUAAUAAGGUAUGUAUUACGAUGUGAACCUGCAGUUAACUUUGUCAUCUUUUAUGUGAGACCUCGCUCAGGUUACAUAACACCUCAAUGUCCACGUUUUCACCAUUUCCCUUACAUUUUGUCCAAUUGCUGAGCAGUUUUAUUUCAGCAAUUGUCAACAUUUUAAAUAGAUUCACAAGGAAGAGUCUAUGUACAGAUUUCACUAACCUGAGUCAGCUUGAGCACCAACUAUGGUGUAUAAUGACCUGGAUCAUCUCCAGUAUAUUAGCCUUUACUUGUAUCCAAGAUUUUCUCCUGAAAUAUAUGUUGAUAUUCUUAUCUCUGCUAAGGACCUAUUAGAACAUAAUGGUUUUUUUCCCUAAAAUAAAUGGGUACCUAAGGAUGUGAACAAUAAGCAAAUUUCUCUUCCGGGUUUUAGUGUUUUAUUGUUUUAUAUCACUUAUUGUAAGUAAUGUUAUGAUAGGGAGCAGUACAAACAACUUUCAGAGACAACAGCAUUUUUGAUCUAAUUAUCUUAUGCAGAUAGUAAAAAGGGUCACGGUUCACCCCUGUGCGUAAUGGAUUUUGCCAAUUGAGUAACACAGUUUUGUUCUUUUUGAAUAUCGUAUCUGACGUAUCAGCAGCCACUGAGCUUAAUAGACAUGAAAUUGGUAUUUUGCCUGUACCUUCACAAGCUUUGCUGUCCAGUAAGUAUGAAAUGCUAGUCAGAAUUCUUUACACGUCAAGAAAAGAAGAGACUUUCGAUAAGUUAAAAUUAUUGUUACUGUGACACACAAAUUUCAAUUAAUUCAAACAAUGCAAGAAAAGUAUUUUAGAUGUCAACAUGUUAUGAAGAAAACUCUUGAAAACAUUGUAAAUAUGCAGUAGUUGUCAGAAAAAAAUGGCAGUUUUACCUGAGACUUGUGCAUGGAACUUGUUGCGACUUCAAAGAUUUUGUGAAAGAGUAUUCUGAGUGAUAAGCCUUUAAAAGUAGAGGCUUCUCUGUUGUAUGUUUGUGGAGUGUGAAAGCUUAAAAAAUGGCCGCACAGUAGCAAGUUUUUUUGAUGCGGAAGGGAUUCAUAAAGAAAUGACUGCACUGUAUUAUGAGUUUCAAGUCGUGACAGGUAGUGCUCAUCUCUUCCAAGGAGAUAAUUAUGAACAGUAAUAUCUUAAAUUAAUAACGGUUUCAGAAAGACUAUAAAUUGGUGAUUUUAUUUCAGCGUGACAUGUAUAAUAUAAUUAAGAAAAUAAAUUUUAAAAGUUAUAUUU